AUGGCAACUCCAAGCCUGGAUCAACUCGUCAAAGGCUCUCCAGAUUCAAGUAAUCGUCUACGCUCGUCAUCCACUGCCUCGACUCAUACAUUAACACACCCGGGAUCUUCGGAGUCCCCAUCACCUUCACCUCCAUCCACCACCACCGAUCCGCUCUCCACUUUGCCCUCCUCUCCUCCCCAGAUCUACCUCAACCUGCUCAUUCUAGAAAGCUCCCUUCGAGCCCAGUACCUGGCCUUGCGAGAACGUCGUCGCCAAAAUACCUUUUUCCUCCUCCUACUUACGUCCUGGAUUGCCUAUUUUUCCUACGCGCUUUUCCUGCGCCCCCGUGAAGAUGGGCGCGGAGUCGGAGGGUCUGUAUACUGGGUUGUGGAAAUGUGGGAGAGGGUCGCGCUCCUCGGAGGUGUGGUGACAGCACUUCUGGUCUGGGGCACAGGACAAUGGGAGCGUGGUAUUCGCUGGCCCCGACGCUGGCUUGCCGUUGCGAAUCGCGGUCUACGAACCAUGAAUACCAAGAUCGUGGUCAUCCGUGGCCCGUGGUGGCAGGAACUCCUGUCCUACCUCUCCUUUCUCUUUCCUUUCACCCUCCCAUUUUCCCCCUCUGCUGUAGGGGAUUUCCACUACAUUGAGCGCCCCGCAUCUGAGAGGCGUGGGAGUCGGUCUUUUCAGCCAUACCACAAUGUGGAUCCAGAAUCGGGGCUUGUAGAAGAGGAUCUUAGCCCCGGGGGGGAUCAUAUCCGACUUCUCUUACUUCCAAAGCUGUUCUCGCCAGAGUUCCGAGGAAACUGGGAUGAUUACCGCACCGAGUUUUGGGACAAGGAAAACGAAAGACGCACCCAUCUUCGUCAAAAGUUGCGUGAUAGGGAACGCCAGCUCGCCCGGCAAGACGGUGGUUGGUUUUGGUGGGUUGGAUUUGGCUGGAAGGCAUCGCGACGUCGUCGACUUGCUGCAGCAACAAUUCACAAAUCUAUUGAAGGCGAGAAAGGUGCCCCCCAUCGUCAUCACCAGCACCAUCACCAGCACCCCAGCAUCUCCAAGCUAGCCCACGACUCAAAAUCCCCGCUUCGACGUUCUACGCGUUCCGAUUCGCUUUCUGGCACACCUUCCCGAAGUACAACCCCCAUCGAUACCGAUGAACGCCCACCAUCAAGAUCUUCCGCAAGCGGCCGUCCCCGUCGAGGCAGUUCCGCAACCUCGGGUUCUGAACAAAUGCAUCACAAGAAAAAGAGAGGGUCGAAAUCAAUCUCGCGCGGAUUAUCCCCCUUGACACAAGCCCAGAUCCGGGAAGGUGUGCGCACGGCGUCCUUUUCUUCAGAUGACUCUAUCUCUAUCUCGGGAUUUUCCAUAGACAAGGAAAGGGUAAAGGAGGAGGAUAUAGAACUUUGA